AUGCAGAGAGGCGGACAGACGCGAAUUCGCUCCGGUGGCGAGCAUGAAGCGGUUGAUGCGAAUGCCGCGGCGCGAAGCCAACCAGAACCAGAUGGGAAGGGACCGAGCGCCGAGAGUCUGCACAAGAAGAUCAGGAGGCUGGAGUCUGAGCUGGACAAAAGAGUAGAAGGGAAAAAUGCCAAGGAUGAUCAUGAAAAGACCAAAGGAGAAGUGGUGCGUUGGGAGGAGGGGAAGAGAUGGCAGGCCAAGAUGGAGAAGCUGAAGAACUCGUUGAGGGAUAAAGAGAGAGAGAACGAAGCCCUUUUGAAACAACUCGGCACUCUCAGAGACCUCUAUUCCAGGUCAGUGCGGGUGCAAGAACUUAACGAAGAACUUCAAUCGGCAAAGGAUUCUGCAAGAGCAGCGCGAGGCCGAGAGAACAGCCUGAGAGAGGAAGUGGACGGGCUGACCCAGGAUCUGCAGAGGAGUGUGAAGGCUCAGAGACGCAUGCAGGCGGAGAGGGAGGAGCAGGAACAAGAGGUCCAGGAGCUGAAGCAGAAAGCCAAGAGGUUCAGCAGCGCCCUCCAGCUGGGUCAGGAGGAUUCCCGCCGCUCUGUGGGACCGACCGGCUCCUCAUAUUUCCUCACCCCAAGUGUCCCUUACCUUCCGCGGCUGGCUCUGUGCUGGGCUCGGGGGGAGACACCUGCCAGACUGAGCCUGCGGCGGACAGAGUCACAGAGCCGGUGA